UAGACCCUAUAGGUGCUUUCCGGCCGCGCUUGAGGGGAACCCUGUAGCUAAAACCCUCUUCGUGUCCCUCGGCUACUCCCAGCUAUUCCGACCAUGGAGUACGUGAAUCCCCUCACUGGCUUUCGCUUAGAUGGUCGCCGUCCCAACGAAAUGAGGCAGAUUCGUGGAGAGAUCGGCGUUGUUGCCAAGGCCGAUGGCUCUGCCCUUUUCGAGAUGGGAAACACCAAGGUUAUCGCUGCUGUGUAUGGACCCAGAGAGGUCCAGAAUAAGGGCCAACAGAUUAACAAUCGAGCACUGGUACGCUGUGAGUAUAGUAUGGCUAAUUUUAGCACCGGAGAUAGGAGAAGAAGACCGAAAGGUGACAGGCGGUCUACUGAAAUAUCUUUAGUUAUUCGCCAAACCAUGGAGGCAUGUAUCUUGACACAUUUAUUGCCACAUUCCCAGAUUGAUAUAUUUGUCCAAGUUCUUCAAGCUGAUGGUGGAACAAGAUCAGCAUGCAUCAAUGCUGCAACAUUAGCGCUUGCAGAUGCUGGGAUUCCAAUGCGUGAUAUAGUUACCUCCUGUAGUGCUGGAUAUCUUUGCUCCACUCCUUUGCUUGAUCUAAACUAUAUAGAGGAUAGUGCUGGAGGCCCAGAUGUCACGGUGGGCAUGCUUGCAAAGAUGGAUAAAGUCACUCUUCUUCAGAUGGAUGCAAAGCUACCAAUGGAUAUUUUUGAAAAUGUAAUGCAACUUGCAAUAGAAGGAUGCAAAGCAGUAGCUCACUACAUACGAGAAGUUCUACUGGAGCACACAAAGCAGCUGGAGUGUCAUCGUGGUGCAUAGCAGAUCGGUUUAAGGUGAAUUGGCUUUGGGCUGAGCGUUAGUACAUCGAGCGUAUCAGUGCUCCACUUAAGUAAAAAUGAAAUUGCACUUUCGGCGAAGAUAAUGUUUCAGAGAUUGUGGCAGUCAAAUGCUUGCAUCAUGUUCUUUCCACAGGGUACAAGGACGGGUUUUCAUGUGAUAUCAUCCGCUCACUAUGUAGUCAGACUAGAGGCCCUUUGUUUCUUCCACAGGGAAUUUUAGUUGGUCGGAUUCCAAGUUUUCAAGGCUGAAAAACAUGGACUAAUAGCAUUUUGGUCCAUUAACACUUUAUUAAGUGAUUCUGGUUAUACCUAGUUGUCAACAAAUUCUCGAAGGAAAGUGCAUAUUUAAAGCUUUCUUGCUAAUUGUUCUGUA